AAACAAAGGGCAAAAUGACUGGAGACUGAAGAAAGGAAGAAGAAACUCCCCACCCCUACAAAAAAGUCCACUCACAAAAACCCGACCCAAAAUCUUUAGGUUUGUAUAUUUACAGUAAACGGAUACUCCCAUUUCCAUUUUCUCCUCUUCUCACGCACACAGUCACACACUGGGCGAUUACACACAUUUGGGGUUUCUCGUUGUUGUACCCCCAACCCCGACGCUCCAGUUUACUAGGGUUUUUCUUCCUUCCCAAAUUCGGAAAAACUGUUUCGAUUUUCUGGCUUUCUUUUUUCUAUGUUAUUCGUGGAUUUCAUGACUGGUGAAUGGAGAUUCUGUUCCCCAAUUCUCUGGCGAAUGAUUUAUCGUCUCCGAUUUUUCUCUUGAUUGCCUUUGUUGUCACUGCUCUCGGCUGCGUUUUCGCGACUCUGUUCACCGUCCGAACCACGUCAAAGAAAAAAUUCGUGGGUUGUUGUUCGUGCCGGAGUGGCGGUGAAUCGAAAUUGACAUCGCAUUUGAACGGAGGAACUAAUAGCGGUGAUACUGGUGCUGGUGUUGGUGCUGAGGAAAUAAUGGUGGAGAAAGUGGCUGCGGCGGUGCCGCCUGAGAAGCAGACGGGAGCGUCGAUGAUGGAGCAGCUUGUGCCUGAGAUCACUACUCAUGCUUUGAGUUACUUGGAUUAUCCAAGCCUUUGUAGGCUUUCUAUGACGAAUUCAUUGAUGCGGAAGGCUGCUAACGAUGACAAUGCCUGGAAAGCGCUUUAUCAUAAGGAUUUUACAUUGGAGCAAGAUAGUGUUACUCCAGUUAAUGGAUGGAAGGCCUAUUAUGCUGCUACAAGAGCCAUUGUAAAUCUUAACAAUGAAUUUUUUGUUAUCAUCAAGGACAGAGCACUUGCAGAAAUGGGUCGUUUCUGGCUUAAUGCAGAUUAUGUAAAGUGCUUCCAUGCAUCGGGCGAGUUCUUCACUGGGUAGGAUGCUUUGUCUCUUUGUAAUUGAAUCGUCGAUUUUUCUUUCAUGUUACGUCUAAUUGAUUUUCCCCAGAUGAAGGCGAUUUUUGUGUUUCAUAUGGACCUUAUAAUGUGACAAAGCUGUUAUUGUUUCCGUCUUGCAAGUUUUGUGAUUUUGAUAAUUGUAUAUACUCCAUUUGUUCAAGAUAAGUUUCUUACUUCACAGACGUGCGUUUCUGUAACUUUCCUCUCUCUGCCAUUAUAUUUGGUCUUCAUCUGUGGAAUCAUUUCAAAAUGCCCUGUCACUUCAUUGUCGCUUGGUUCGUCCUUACUUUUGUUGAAAUUACAGCAAUGUGAUUUAUGGUCUUUCUCCUUGCUUCUUGUGGUAAUUUUUCCUACAAUGAUUUUCUUAUCAUCGUUUUCCUUGGUUCUCACCUUAUACGAGAUUUGUCUGCUUCAAGCUGUCAAUUGAUUCACUUGAGCAUUUGUACCACUGUAGUUCGUUGGCACUUUAGAAUAUUGAUUUAACCACUGUGUUUGUGUUUUACCUUCAAGAACCAUUUCUUUGUGUAUUGAGAUGACAUAAACAGACCAACGCGUUAAUGCAGGUACAGUGCAGUUAUGCAGAGCUGGCAAUUAGCUUUUAACUGGGAGCAAGGUGUAAACUUUGACAUUCAAGAUGUUCGGGCACGCGUGCUGACAGACGUGGCUUGGGUUACCAUGAAAGCAUAUGUUGAUAUGGAGUCUGGUCCAUUCAAUAUUACUAACAUCUUUGAGUUCCAUAAUGGGAGAUGGUUCAUGGUCCAUCAUCACAGCUCUGUUAUGCUUAAUGGAGGGGCAGAGCAACAUAUGCCGCAGGGAUAGUGACCAUCAAGGCGAGCUCAAGUACAAUGUUAAUGAUGUUCACUGCAAUGUCAAAUUCGUAUAGGCUUUUAUUUUUUCCAUUUCUUCUCUUGUUAGGACAAUCUCGUCUGUGAUUACUUGGAAGCGCCUUAGAUUACUUUUCAAGGUCUUGGAAGAUUUAACCUCAGGUUUAUGUUCUUGAGGGUAAACAGUCAUCGAUGACAAGGCUUAUGAUGCAGUCUUAUCUUGCAGCUAAAUAUGGUUCUUUCUGAUUCAGGCCAUGCAAGAUGCACUUAUGUUCCUUCUUUUAUAUAUAUAUAUAUAUAUAUAUAUAUAUAUAUAUAUAAUGGAAGCUGUAGGAGUAUGUUGAAUUCUUGAAACUGGAGAUUACAGUCAAAUUCGGGUGUCUUCUUUAACCUUUCUCAGUUAGUGGAUCAGCGUAGGGUGGAAGAAACGUGUUAGUACAACCAUUGUUGUGCUGGUUUUACCUGCAGAUAUCUGUAGCUACCUCUUACUAAUGGUGUUUUGUUUAGUUGAAAUGGCAUUUUCUGUAUCUUUCAUUUCGGCUCUGUAACUCUCCUUUUUUCCUUCUAAAAAAAAACACUUUUUCCGG